UUGUCCAAACUCUCGGCUCCGGGACGCAGACACGUUUUCCUCAGCUACUUUCUCGUCGACAUCCGCGCCUGCGAGUGCGUAAAGUCGCUUAGGCUGAGUGCGCCAAAGUCAGCGAGGUGGUAAAAUGCGCUCACUGGAGGCGCUUCUGUGCCCGAGUGCCACCGCGUACUUCUGCACUUCUGAUUGAUCAUUCCACGAGCUGAUUCCACCACUGGAUUAUCCUCCCCGAACCUCUCUUUUUUGAAGCUCAACAAGUGCGCUCUUGUGGAUCGAGUCUGCACGGACAGGAUGGGUUACGCUUCUCGGUUCCACCAGGACUGACUGAUUGAGAUUAUGCGGAUUCUACUGUGCGUCUGCCUCCAAAUGUGUUCGAAGCAACACUGGUGCGCUGUGACCCAAGCAUGUGCGUGAUCCGACCCGUCCCGUUCGCUGCGCGCUGUGACCGCCAUCCACCGCUGAUCCAAAUGAUCCUUCCUGCUCUCCUGCUGCUUGCAACGCUUCUCCAACAGUAUGGAUCGCACGCGGAGUCAAGUCACAUCGGCAAGUUUCACCUACAAAGUGUAAAAGAACAAAACGGAGUUCAAGAGUCCCAGGAGGAGAAGGUCAUCACAGUGACAGGAGAGGGAAUGGUUCAGAGUCCGGAGUUCCCGAAGACUUAUCCCCGGAAUAUCAUGCUGGUGUGGAGACUAGUGGCGCCGAGCAACAUGAGGAUCCAACUCACCUUCGAUGAGAGGUUCGGGUUGGAGGACCCAGAAGACGGCAUAUGCAAGUACGAUUUCGUGGAGUUGGAGGAACCCACUGAAAAGACCAUCCUGGGACGCUGGUGCGGGUCACAGUCGGCACCGUCGAGUCUCAUUUCCAAAGGGAGUCAAGUCAGGAUCCGCUUCAUCUCGGAUGAAUACUUGCCUUCGGAGCCUGGCUUCUGCAUACGCUACUCCCUUCUGCCAGUGAGAGACCUGGAAACUCCCGCCGUUCCACCAUCUCACCAGGACAUCCAAGAGUUAUCGGAGACGGUCGCUGGCCUCGGCACUGUGGAAGAAGUCUUGAAGUACUUGGAGCCGGAGCGAUGGCAACUGGACAUGGACGAGCUGUACAAACCGACGUGGCAUGUGCUCGGCAAGUCCUUCAUCCUGAACAGGAAGCCCAGAGGAGGAGUGGAUCUCAAUCAGCUGCGUGAAGAUGUUCAGCUCUACAGCUGCACGCCACGGAACUUCUCUGUGUCCUUGCGGGAGGAGCUGAAGAGAACGGACGCCAUUUUCUGGCCCAGUUGCCUUCUGGUCAAGCGCUGUGGCGGAAACUGCGCCUGUUGCUCUCAUCGCUGUUUCGACUGCCAGUGCGUGCCCUCCAAGGUCACCAAGAAGUACCACGAGGUUCUCUUGCUGAAGCACCGAAGCGGCACCAGAGGCCUGCAGAAGUCCAUGACUGACGUGGCCCUCGAGCACCACGAGGAGUGCGCCUGCGUGUGUAAGGACGACUCGGACUGACCUCACAGGAGUGACGGGAUGAUGGAGAUGAACCUGUAACUCAUCCGCUCGGAGCUAACAAGGCACUCUUCCUGUUGUCCUUUCGCUAAGUGGAUGAAGGGAACAGAUUCCCAUAAAUCUCCGGGCUGCCGUGUCGAACCAAAGACAGAGACUCAGAAGAUCACUGGAGCUGAUCAGGACUGUGUUCCAAAAUCAGAGACAACAAGUGCAGUUUCACUUCUUUCGUUUUAAAUUUGUCAUCAGCUUUUUUAUAAAUGCAUUUUAUACGAAUGAGAUGUUCCGCUUGUUUAUUAGUGCCACACAUUCUGAGCUUUCCAUGGCAUUUGUUCUCAAACUGCAUUGAUAUUCAGAGUUCGGUUCUAACUUUAACUGAAGUUUUGUAUAUAUUUGCAUCCUCUUUAUUUUUUUAAACCACAGUGGCAUCCGGUCAAUUCUGCUCCAUCAAAUUUCCCUGUGACAUAUUUAUUUACAAAAUCAUUUUCCAUUUGUGUGAUUUUUUUUUUUUUGUGUAUAUUUUUGGCCUUGAUUUUCUCACAUGAUUUUCCCUCUUUUUCAUGAAUACAUCAUGUACGUUUCCAGAAAUCUCUGU